AUGGCCACAAGAGCCUCAUUGUCCUUGGUUAAUGGAAAUGGAGAAAAUGCAUCUGUAAUGUCUUGCUCUAAACCUGACACAGUUCAAGCAAUCAUAGGAGAAACAUCCUCCACAUCAACUGUUGCUAUUGCUGCUACUGUGGGACCUUUGCACAUACCUGUGGUAGUCAAUGAGUUGAAGAAACUCCAUUUCACAACUACAGCUGGAGAAGAUGUAUUCUUUGAUGAAAACGGUGACCCAGCAGCAAGGUAUGAACUGCUGAAUUGGCAACAAGGUAAAGAUGGUAAAAUAUUGUUUGUUAAAGUGGGCUUCUAUGAUGGCUCUUUGCAAAAACACCUCCAGCUGUCAUUUACCAACAUCAGUAUCACCUGGGCCCACAACAAAGUACAGGUGCCAGUGUCUGUGUGUAGUCCAAGUUGUCCCCUGGGCACAAGGAAGGCUGUACAGAAAGGAAGGCCAAUCUGCUGUUUUGACUGUAUACCAUGUGCAGAGGGGGAAAUUAGUAAUAAAACAGAUUCUAUAACUUGUAUCAAGUGCCCACCUGAACUGUGGUCUAAUGAUAGAAAAGAUACCUGUGUCUUAAAACUGGUGGAAUUCCUGUCAUUUGAGGAAAUAAUGGGGAUCAUUCUUGUCUCAUUUUCUUUGUUAGGAGUAUCUUUCACCAUCUGCAUUGCUGUAAUUUUUUUUAAACACAAGGACACACCAAUUGUCAGAGCAAAUAAUUCUGAACUCAGUUUCUUGCUGCUAUUCUCACUCACUCUCUGUUUCCUCUGUUCACUUACAUUUAUUGGUCAGCCCUCUGAGUGGUCCUGUAUGUUGCGCCACACAGCAUUUGGGAUCACCUUUGUUCUCUGCAUCUCCUGUGUUCUGGGGAAAACAGUAGUGGUGUUAAUGGCCUUCAGGGCAACACUUCCAGGAAGUAAUAUUAUGAAAUGGUUUGGGCCUCUACAGCAGAGACUCAGUGUACUUGCCUUCACUCUUGUACAGGUCAUUAUUUGUGUACUUUGGUUAACAAUAUCCCCUCCCUUUCCCUACAAAAAUAUGAAAUACUACAAGGAAAAGAUCACAUUAGAAUGUAAUGUAGGCUCAACUAUAGGUUUCUGGGCUGUCCUGGGUUAUAUCGGACUCCUGGCUCUUUUUUGUUUUAUUUUGGCUUUUCUGGCCCGGAAGCUGCCUGACAAUUUCAAUGAAGCCAAAUUUAUCACAUUCAGCAUACUCAUAUUCUGUGCAGUUUGGAUCACUUUUAUUCCUGCUUAUGUCAGCUCUCCUGGAAAAUUCACUGUAGCUGUAGAGAUAUUUGCCAUUUUAGCAUCAAGCUUUGGUUUACUGAUCUGCAUAUUUGUUCCAAAGUUUUAUAUAAUCAUCCUGAAACCAGAGAAAAAUACUAAAAAGGAAAUGAUGGGUAAAGCACCUGCAAAAUGA